AUGAGAAACAAUAGAGCGCAGCCUCCCACUGUCACUGGUAAGCAGAGAGCAAAUAAUGAUCUGCAUCAGAGACACGGCUGGCUCGGCUUAUUAGAAGUCCUGCUGGACCAGAGCCGCGCCCGAGCACGGAGCUAUAAAGAUGAGCCCAGCAGUUAUACCUGCACCACGUGCAAACAGCCCUUCACCAGUGCCUGGUUCCUGCUCCAGCAUGCCCAGAACACGCACGGCUUCCGCAUCUACCUGGAGAGUGAGCCCGGCAGCCCCCUCACCCCCCGCGUGGCCGCGGCUCCCGGAAUGGGGGGGGACUGUGCCUCCUCCCAGCCCCCCCUGCACGCCGUCCACCUGGCCGACGGCAGCCCCUACAGCCUCCUGAGGAUGCCGGGUUCCGGGUCCGGGCGGGAUUCGGCGUCCACGCCUCGCGAGGGCCGCUACCCCCGGACCCCCCCGCUUUUCAGCCCGCCGCCGCGCCACCACCUCAGCCCCGACGACCUGGCGUUGGCCACCCACCACCCCAGCGCCUUCGACAGGGUGAUGAGACUCAACUCGGUGCCGUUGGAACCCCCCCAGAGCAUGGAUUUCUCCCGACGCCUACGGGAGCUGGCGGGCAACGCCACGGGCGGUUCCCCCCCCCUCUCCCCGAACAGACCCAACCCUAUGCAAAGGCUGCUGCAGCCGUUCCAGCCAGGUUCCAAGCCGCCGUUUUCGGCCACGCCCCCGCUCUCCGCCUCCCACUCCCCGUCCGGCUCGCGCUCCACCCCCAACGCCGCGUCCGGCGCGGUCCAGCCCGGCACGCCGCUCAAGGCCAAGUCCUGCGAGUUCUGCGGGAAGACCUUCAAGUUCCAGAGCAACCUGAUCGUGCACCGGCGCAGCCACACGGGGGAGAAGCCCUUCAAGUGUCACCUCUGCAACCACGCCUGCACGCAGGCCAGCAAGCUCAAGCGCCACAUGAAGACGCACUGUCCGAGCAAGUCCUCGGCGCUCAACGCCAAGUCCGACGACGGCCUGUCGGCCGCCAGCUCCCCGGAGCCCGGCACCAGCGAGCUGAUGGGCAGCGCCACCGACGCCCUCAAGUCGGUGGUGGCCAAGUUCAAAAGCGAGAACAACGGCCUGCCCGAGAACGGAGAGGACGAGGAGGAAGAGGAGGAGGAGGAGGAAGAGGAGGAAGAAGAAGAAGAAGAAGAGGAGGAGGAGGAGGAAGAGGAGGAGGAAGGGGAGGAGGAGGACAUUGAGAGUAAGCACGCGGUGGAAGGCGAGGGGAGGAACGACUAUCAUUUCAGCUUGCGGCUGGAAGGGGCCCGCCACCACCAGAACAGCGAGGCCUUGCACCCCCACCGCCGGAGCCUGUCCCGGGAGCCGGUGGACGAGGAUUCCGCCGUGGAGCUGGACCGAACGGACGACGGAACCACGACCACCAUCAACGGCCUGGGACCUCUAACCAAUGACAGCCUCUCCAGGAAGUUGCUGGGCGGUAGGGUCAGCCCGGGCUCCCUCAGCCCGCUGUCCAAGCGCAUCAAGAUCGAAAAGGACCUGGACCCCCCGACUCCCACCAUCCCCAACUCGGAGAACGUUUACUCUCAGUGGCUGGCCGGGUACGCGGCCUCCCGGCAGCUCAAGGACCCCUUCAUCAGCUUCACCGGCGGGGACUCCAGACAAUCGCCCUUCGCGUCCUCGUCCGAGCACUCGUCGGAGAACGGCAGCCUGCGCUUCUCCACGCCGCCCGGCGAGCUGGACGGCGAGCGGGCGGCCUCGGGCCGCAGCUGCACGGGCAGCGGGGCCAGCACGCCGCACGGCAACGGGCGGCCAAGCUCCAAGGACGGCCGGCGCAGCGACACCUGCGAGUUCUGCGGCAAGGUGUUCAAGAACUGCAGCAACCUGACGGUGCACCGGCGCAGCCACACCGGCGAGCGGCCGUACAAGUGCGAGCUGUGCAGCUACGCCUGCGCCCAGAGCUCCAAGCUCACGCGCCACAUGAAGACCCACGGACAGAUGGGCAAGGACGUGUACAAAUGUGAAAUCUGCCACAUGCCUUUCAGUGUGUACAGCACUCUAGAGAAACACAUGAAGAAGUGGCACAGCGACCGGCCCCUGGCUAACGACAUUAAAACCGAGUAG